AUGCAGGCGGGUCCCACGCAGGCGGGUCCCACGCAGGCGGGUCCCACGCAGGCGGGUCCCACGCAGGCCCCCGGGAGGCUGAGCCCCGCAGCCCGGGCCCGCGUCCUCCUGCUCACCUACGCGCUGGCCGCGGUGGAGCUCACCUGCCUCUUCAUGCAGUUCUCCACCGUGCCGCUCUCGGGACCCUUCCAGGCUGUGUCCCCUUGGCCCGGUCCUGGGGACGCCCCCGCCCCUGUGUUUCAGUACCUAUCCCGGAGUCUGGGCCUGGACUCUGUGGGCUUCGGAUACCUACAGACCACCUUUGGGGUGCUGCAGCUGCUGGGGGGGCCCAUGUUCGGCAGGUUCGCAGACCAGCGGGGAGCACGUGCGGCCUUCACACUGUCCUUCCUGGCGGCCAGUACGCUCUACCUGCUCCUGGCGGCCGCCUGCAGCCCUGCCCUGCCCGGCCUGGCCCUGCUCUUCCUGUCCCGCCUGCCCGGUGGGCUCAUGCACACGCUGCCAGCCGCCCAGAUGGUCAUCACAGACCUGACGGCAGCAGAGCAGCGACAGGCGGCGCUGGGCAGACUGGGCCUGUGCUUUGGCGUGGGCAUGAUCCUGGGGUCCCUGCUGGGAGGCACCCUGAGCAGCUCUUGCGGGCUCCACUGCCCCGCCCUGGUGGCUCUCGUGGCAAGCCUCGUGGGCAUCCUGCUCAGUGUCACGGGCAUCCCAGCCAGCACCAAAGCCGCAGGUGGCUGCACACAGGCCGCCCCCCCAGGUGGGCCCAAGGCCGGCGUGUUUGACCUCAAGGCCAUCGUCCGUCUGUUUCUGCUGCCUGGCGUGCUGUCCAUCUUUCUGGUCAAGGUCGUCUCCGGCUUCCCCUCAGGGCUCUUCAUGGUCAUGUUUCCCAUCAUCUCCAUGGACUUCUUCCAGCUGGAGGCCGCCCAGGCCGGCUACCUCAUGUCCUUCUUUGGGGUGCUUCAGAUGCUGAUCCAGGGCCUUGUCCUUGGCCGGCUGAGCAGACACUUCUCGGAGGGGACGCUGCUCCGGGCCAGUGUGCUGGUCUUCUGCGGGGUGGGCCUGGGCAUGGCUCUGAUGGCCAACACCCUUCACCUGUGCCUACUGGCGCCCGGCUUGGUGUUUGGCCUCUGUGUCCUCAACGUGGUGACCGACAGCAUGCUGACCAAGGCUGUGGCUGCCACAGACACUGGAACGAUGCUGGGGCUCUGUGCCUCGGUGCAGCCUCUGACCCGCACCCUGGGGCCCGCGCUGGGCGGCCUCCUGUACCGCAACCUGGGCGUCGCCGUGUUCGGCCACGUGCAGCUGGCAGUCAACUUCCUGGUCCUCCUUUUCCUCCGGAGGCUGCCGGGGCCCCAGGAGGGGAUCAAGGUGCAGUGACAGGCCACAGCCCAGGCCCUGGCGCCGCCUGCAGCCGGAUCUGUGCGGUGCCCCGGGCGGGGGCCACCCUGGUCCAUCCUCCCGGCCCGACCUGAACCCUGACUGAAGACACGUCCGUCCUGCUUCCGGCCGGCAGUGCCCAGCGACCCAGGAGAGAGCGAGGCAGGGCAGCGAGGGCUCCCGGGAGGUUCCUGGAAUGAGCGGUCAAGGGGGCCGGGAGGAUGAGCACACGCGUCACCGUGCACGAGGACCCGGGUUCGAGCCCCCGCUGCCCACCUGCAGGGGGCACGAUUCACAGGCGGUGGAGCAGGGCUGCAGGCGCCUCUGUCUCCUCUCAGGUUCUCUCUGUCCUAGCAAAUGAAACAAUAAAAAAGGAAAGGAAAGAAAAAGAAAU